UAAUAACUGAAUUUAUGAACAAAAUAAAUUGAUUAAAUUCUAUAGUGUAACAGAAAAGGAAAAAAGCUUUCUCCUUGGUAGUGUCUUUGGGUCAGUGGUAAUAUGCCAUUUGGCCAUGAAAGGAGCAAAAACCCGACACAGUUAAAGGCUUUUGAAUGUUGAUGGUAGGCGAUAUUCAAGUAUUCAUGGUCGCUAGCUCCAUUUCUCUUCGUGGGUCCUUGUCAAAUUCCUUGUUUCAUCAUUUCCCGCGUAACAUCACACACCGGUCUUCUUGUAAGUACUUUAAUGGGAAUGAGGGUAGGUUCAAGUCGGCUCGUUUUUGCAGUACCGCGAUUUGGGAUGCUUUAGAUGAAUCUCCUGUGGUACAAAAUGGAAAGGGGAUUGAUUUUCUUCAUCUGAUGGAAGAGCGUGGAAUUCGUGCCAAUGUUCAGACUUACCUUUGGCUCUUUGAAGGAUGUUUCAAGUCUGGGUCUCUGUUAGAUGCUAAGAAGCUUCACGCUAGGAUCUUCAAGUCCGGGUUUGAUGGAGAAGACGUUUUGGGGAGCCGACUGAUUGAUGUUUACCUGGCGCAUGGGGAAGUGGAUAAUGCAAUCAAGCUUUUCGAUGAUAUACCCAGCUCAAAUGUUUCUUUAUGGAAUAAAGUCAUUUCUGGGCUUUUGGCCAAGAAGUUGGCUAGUCAAGUACUGGGUCUCUUUUCGCUAAUGAUAACAGAAAAUGUGACUCCUGAUGAAUCCACAUUUGCCAGUGUCUUGAGGGCUUGCAGUGGUGGUAAAGCUCCUUUCCAAGUCAUUGAACAGAUUCAUGCUAAGAUUAUUCAUCAUGGUUUUGGUAGUAGCCCUCUUGUAUGUAAUCCCUUGAUUGAUUUGUAUUCAAAGAAUGGGCAUGUAGAUUUGGCUAAAUUGGUCUUUGAAAGAUUGUUUUUGAGGGAUAGCGUUUCUUGGGUGGCUAUGAUCUCUGGUUUAUCUCAAAAUGGACGAGAAGACGAAGCCAUUCUCCUAUUCUGUCAGAUGCAUAAAUCCGCUGUUAUUCCUACUCCUUAUGUCUUCUCUAGUGUUUUAAGUGCCUGCACCAAAAUAGAGUUGUUCAAGCUGGGAGAGCAGCUUCAUGGCUUCAUUGUUAAGUGGGGGUUAUCUUCUGAGACUUUUGUGUGCAAUGCCCUUGUGACAUUGCACUCCCGUUGGGGCAACUUGAUAGCUGCUGAGCAAAUUUUCAGCAAGAUGCACCGCAGGGAUAGAAUUUCGUAUAACUCACUUAUAUCAGGGCUAGCACAACGUGGAUUCAGUGAUAGAGCUCUUCAGUUGUUUGAGAAGAUGCAGCUUGAUUGCAUGAAACCAGAUUGUGUUACAGUUGCUAGUCUGUUGAGUGCUUGCGCCUCGGUUGGUGCUGGUUAUAAGGGAAAACAACUUCAUUCUUAUGUGAUAAAGACGGGAAUGUCUUCAGAUCUCAUUAUUGAAGGUUCUCUACUUGACCUUUAUGUAAAAUGCUUCGACAUAGAAACUGCCCAUGAAUACUUCCUAACAACAGAGACUGAAAAUGUGGUUCUAUGGAAUGUGAUGCUAGUGGCUUAUGGGCAGUUGGGUAAUCUAAGUGAGUCGUAUUGGAUAUUUUUGCAGAUGCAGAUUGAAGGACUGAUGCCUAACCAAUACACCUACCCAAGUAUAUUGAGAACUUGUACUUCUUUGGGUGCUCUGGAUUUAGGAGAGCAGAUCCAUACACAAGUCAUAAAAAGUGGCUUUCAGUUUAAUGUGUAUGUUUGUAGCGUGCUUAUAGAUAUGUAUGCUAAGCAUGGAGAACUAGAUACUGCCCGGGGAAUUCUCCAAAGACUGAGGGAAGAAGAUGUUGUUUCUUGGACGGCUAUGAUUGCAGGGUACACACAGCAUGAUUUGUUCGCCGAAGCUCUGAAACUUUUUCAAGAAAUGGAAAACCAGGGGAUCCGAUCUGAUAACAUAGGGUUUUCUAGUGCAAUCAGCGCUUGUGCUGGUAUUCAAGCAUUAAAUCAAGGACAGCAAAUUCACGCUCAAUCAUAUAUUUCUGGUUACUCAGAAGAUCUUUCAAUUGGAAAUGCACUAGUUAGUCUUUAUGCUAGAUGUGGUAGAGCACAAGAUGCAUACUUAGCAUUUGAGAAAAUUGAUGCUAAAGAUAAUAUAUCAUGGAAUGCUCUUAUAUCAGGAUUUGCACAGAGUGGGCACUGUGAGGAAGCACUGCAGGUCUUCUCUCAAAUGAAUCAAGCUGGAGUAGAAGCUAAUUUGUUCACAUUUGGCUCUGCAGUUAGCGCCACUGCCAAUACAGCGAAUAUAAAGCAAGGGAAGCAGAUUCAUGCUAUGAUGAUCAAAACAGGGCAUGACUCAGAAACAGAGGCUUCCAAUGUUUUAAUCACAUUAUAUUCCAAGUGUGGGAGCAUUGAGGAUGCGAAGAGAGAGUUCUUUGAAAUGCCUGAGAAAAAUGUGGUUUCAUGGAAUGCGAUGAUCACAGGCUAUUCUCAACAUGGAUAUGGUAGUGAAGCUGUAAGUCUUUUUGAGGAGAUGAAACAGCUUGGUUUGAUGCCAAACCAUGUCACCUUUGUGGGGGUUUUAUCAGCCUGUAGCCAUGUGGGUUUGGUCAAUGAGGGGCUCAGCUACUUCAGGUCCAUGAGCAAAGAGCAUGGCCUAGUCCCAAAACCAGAACAUUAUGUUUGUGUUGUGGAUCUUCUUGGACGGGCUGCUCUUUUGUGCUGUGCAAGAGAAUUCAUAGAGGAGAUGCCAAUUGAACCGGAUGCUAUGAUUUGGAGAACACUUUUAAGUGCUUGUACGGUUCAUAAGAACAUUGAGAUUGGAGAGUUUGCUGCACGUCAUCUUCUAGAAUUGGAGCCUGAAGAUUCAGCAACUUACGUGUUGCUGUCAAAUAUGUACGCAGUGUCUGGUAAAUGGGAUUAUAGGGAUCGAACAAGGCAAAUGAUGAAAGACAGAGGUGUAAAAAAAGAGCCUGGUCGCAGCUGGAUCGAGGUUAAAAACUCAAUUCAUGCCUUCUUUGUGGGUGAUAGACUCCACCCUCUAGCAGAACAGAUAUAUGAGUAUAUAGAUGACCUGAAUGAACGGGCAGGUGAAAUUGGUUAUGUGCAAGACCGGUACAACCUUUUGAAUGAUGUGGAGCAGGAGCAGAAGGACCCAACCGCAUAUAUUCACAGCGAAAAACUAGCUGUUGCUUUUGGACUCCUCAGCUUGACUAAUACAAUGCCAAUACGUGUGAUUAAGAAUCUUCGGGUCUGUAAUGAUUGUCAUAACUGGAUUAAGUUUGUAUCAAAGAUUUCAAAUCGAGCUAUUGUAGUACGAGAUGCAUACCGGUUUCAUCAUUUUGAAGGGGGUGUUUGUUCCUGUAAAGAUUACUGGUAAGGGAACUGGGGAAUACAAGGAAAAGGCAUACUUAUGGAUGGCCAGAAACUACACUUAAUCUCAAGAGAUGAUUGUGCCCUCUGCCCUCUGCUAAGGUUCUACUUAUAGAAAUAUGUGGUAAUCACUUCAGCUCCUACUUGUUUUAAUAAUUUUUGUUGUGAUUUUGUACUGAUUUAGAUGGGCUUCUGGCUUAGGAAGACCAUAACCAACCAACUGGAUAGCAAAUGGAAUUUCCAUUUCUCUUAAGUAUUUAAGGAAGCAAAAUUCAAAUCAGCAUCUUCGGCAGCCUCCUGUCCGACGUCAUCCAUGACCUUGCUCAUAUGAAGAAGUUAUUUUGUGUUAAACAACAGAGGGCGAUUGUGACAUUUUUGCUGCAUUAAAUUAAUAUCAAGACUUGAGAUUGGAUCUUCAA